CACUUGCCGGCAAACUCCCAUCCCCAACCCUACCCCACCCCACCCCACCCCAAUUCUGUGUCUCCGUACAUGUGAGUUGUAUCACAAUGGAGGAAGCAACCGUCAAAACCCUAACAAUCGCCGAGCUCCUUCGUCUAUCUCGUCCUCUCACCGGCGCAUCCUCACUCUUCUCCAAUCCUUCUCAUAAAAUACCACCGCCCCAAUUUUCAAACCAACCCCAUACAUCCUCCCUUCCCACACUUUCUCCCCCAAAGAUCCUCAAAUCCCUUAACUACCCCACUGUCCUUACAGGCACUCUUUUUCUACCUCACGCAGAAAAUUCACCUCUUAAAUGCAAUUGUUUUCGUUUCUCUGAUGGGUCCACCACCGUUUGUUGUGACAUUCUUCGGUUUAAUCAUAGUUUAAUUAACAAAAAAGUUCAAAUUUUGGCUUGGAAUUUUAUUCCCAUGAAAUGUAAUGGUGGGUUUUUAGAAAUUAUUAGGUGGGCUUUUCCUGAUUCUUCUUCUGAAAAUUCUUCAGAUACUUUUAAUGUACUGUCUGGCUGUUGUGUUAAUCAAAAUGUUAGUAUAAAAGCUAAGUAUUAUGUACUUGGCGUAGUAGAAUCUGUUAGCCCUGUUUCAGUAGUUCCCUGCAGAGAUGGGUCAAGA